AUGUCAAACAAACGAGACAAGACAGACAAACGAAACAUGCCAAACAAACGAAACAUGCCAAACAAACGAGACAAGACAGAAAAACGAAACAUGUCAAACAAACGAGACAAGACAGACAAACGAAACAUGCCAAACAAACGAGACAAGACAGACAAACGAAACAUGCCAAACAAACGAGACAAGACAGACAAACGAAACAUGUCAAACAAACGAGACAAGACACACAAGCCAAACAUGCCAAACAAACGAGACAAGACAGACAAACUAAACAUGCCAAACAAACGAGACAAGACAGACAAGUCAAACAUGCCAAACAAACGAAACAAGACAGACAAGCCAAACAUGCUAAACAAACGAGACAAGACAGACAAUCGUAACCGGCAAACAAACAAAACAAGGCAGAAAAAUCAAUCAUGGUGA